AUGGAUUUACCCCAGGUUAUUCCUCUGAACAAUGGCUACAAUGUUCCUGCCAUUGGGCUAGGCACAUUUCAAGGCGAUGAAGGCAACUCCAAGAUCAAAGACGCCGUAAAGAGGGCUCUGCAAUUGGGGUAUAGACAUAUCGAUGGUGCCAGUGCCUAUGGGAACGAAAAAGAAAUCGGAGAGGCCAUUAAAGAAAGCGGCAUUCCUAGGCAUGAGAUAUUUGUAACAUCCAAGCUCGCACAAACAUGGCAUGAGCCUGCCGAUGUACAGAAAGCUCUCGAACUAUCGUUGAGCGACCUGCAGUUGGAUUAUGUUGAUCUAUACUUGAUGCAUUUCUAUCCAAAAGAUAUCCAGAGACUUGGCAAGCAAUGGAACGACUGGUCGACCUGGGUCUCGUUCGUUCGAUUGGUUCGUUCAUAUAGGCCCAUCUGCGAAUGGCUGAUGAUUCUCACUAUCACGACAGGCCUCUCAAAUUUUAAUAUUCUCAAGACCAAACGAAUCCUCGACAUUGCUAGGAUCGUCCCUGCUGUCAAUCAGGUUGAAAUUCAUCCGUACCUACCGCAACAAGAGCUGUUCGAAUUCUCAUCCAAGCAUGGAAUUCUUCUCAUGGCCCACCAACCGCUCGGCGGUCGUCCAGUUGAAGUUGUUCGGGGAUCUAACGAACCAUUCCCAACUGCAGACUUGAAGGCACGUAUCAACGAGAUUGCGGCCAAGUACAAAAUCUCUUCGGCGCAGGUCUGCUUAUCCUGGGCAGUACAAAAGGGUAUUCCAGCGGUGCCGAAAUCGGUGCAGGAUAGCCACAUGGAGCAAAAUCUUCAUCUAAAAAGGCUUUCGGACGAUGACUUCCGUACUGUGGAUCAGCUGUCAUCCCAGCGCGGCCCUGUGCGAUUUCUUGACCCAAGCCGACAUCUGGGGUUUGAUAUCUUUGACGAAGACAAUGACCAGCCAGUUGCCGACAGAGCGCCAUGGGAUUUAUGA